UGAUGAUGAUGAUGAUGAUGAUGAUGAUGAUGAUGUGUUUCUCCGUGGGCUUCGGGCCGAGAGGUGAAGUGAAGAAGAGCUCGAGAUGAUGAAGAAUGACUGAAUGAGGCACGCGUCUGGCGCAGAAACUUCCAGAAGUCCAGAUGGAGCAGGAUGUCGAGAGCAUCACGGCCCGACAGCCCAAUCUGCCCAAGCAGGCGCGAGAAGAUUUCUCCAAACCGCUGCAGGAGCGAGAGCGCGCCAAGGUCCAGCGCUACGUACGCAAAGACGGCAAGUGCAACGUCCACCACGGAAAUGUGCGCGAGACAUACCGCUACCUGACGGACAUCUUCACCACGCUGGUGGACCUGAAGUGGAGGUUCAACCUCUUCAUCUUCGUGCUGGUUUACACCGUGACGUGGCUGUUUUUCGGCUUCAUGUGGUGGCUGAUCGCGUAUAUACGAGGAGAUCUGGACCACAUCGGAGACAACCAGUGGACUCCUUGCGUCAACAACCUCAAUGGCUUUGUGUCAGCGUUCUUGUUCUCUAUAGAAACGGAGACGACCAUCGGGUACGGCCACAGGGUGAUCACUGACAAGUGUCUGGAGGGCAUUGUCCUUCUGCUGGUGCAGUCGGUGCUGGGCUCCAUCGUCAACGCCUUCAUGGUGGGCUGCAUGUUCGUGAAGAUCUCGCAGCCCAAGAAGCGCGCAGAGACUCUGGUGUUCUCCACCAAUGCCGUCAUCUCCGUGCGCGACGGGCGACUUUGUCUGAUGUUUCGCGUCGGGGACCUGCGGAACUCGCACAUCGUGGAGGCGUCGAUCAGAGCCAAACUGAUCAAGUCCAAACGGACGAAGGAGGGAGAGUUCAUUCCCCUCAACCAAACGGACAUGAACGUGGGAUACGACACCGGCGACGACCGGCUCUUCCUGGUGUCUCCACUCAUCAUCUGCCACGAGAUCAACCGGCACAGUCCGUUCUGGGAGAUCUCCAAACAACAUCUGGCCAAGGAGGAGCUGGAGAUCGUGGUCAUCCUGGAGGGCAUGGUGGAAGCCACAGGAAUGACGUGUCAAGCGCGGAGCUCAUACGUGGCCAGCGAGAUCAAGUGGGGUUACCGCUUCAUGCCCGUCCUGACUCUGGAAGACGGUUUUUACGAGGUCGACUACAACAGCUUCCACAAUAUCUAUGAAACCAACACGCCGAGCUGCAGCGCACGAGAGCUGGCGGAAAUGAUGGCGCGUUCUCGCCUGCCGCUCACAUGGUCGGUGGCGAGUAAACUGGGUCAACAGGGUCUGCUGGACUCGUGGGACAAACCGCCGGAGAAGAGCAGAGACACCGACGAGCUGACGGAGAGAAACGGAGACAUCACCAACAUAGAGAACGAGUCAAAAGUGUAGGACAAAACGAGAAUCGCUCGCCUCUCCUCUGCACUAUUGGACGAUUAGCUGAGGUCAGAGGUCAGCUCAGGAAAGCGCCCCACAGUCGGGAUGAUGUCACAGACUCCUCCCAUCUCAAGGGUUCUCUCUACACAAACUCUCGGGCGACUGGAGAGUUUCUUUUCUUAAAGAUAAGAAAUGAUAUUUUCCAAGAUUAACCCUAUAAAUCAAUAUGCAGUAUAUAUAGAGAGAUCUAUUCUAGGGCAUUUUUGGUAU